ACCGGGGCGGGGUGGGGAGGUAACGGGACGGGCGCGACCAUGGCGCGGUGAGGGAGCGGAGGUGGGGAUCGGUCCCGGGGAGGCCUGGGGCCGCUGGCUUGUGCGCCUUCUCGGCCGCCCCCCCUUUCGCCGCCGCCGCCGCCGCCGCCCCGGGCAUGUCGUCCAACUGCACCAGCACCACGGCGGUGGCGGUGGCGCCGCUGAGCGCCAGCAAGACCAAGACCAAGAAGAAGCAUUUCGUGUGCCAGAAAGUGAAGCUAUUCCGGGCCAGCGAGCCGAUCCUCAGCGUCCUGAUGUGGGGGGUGAACCACACGAUCAAUGAGUUGAGCAAUGUCCCUGUUCCUGUCAUGCUAAUGCCAGAUGACUUCAAAGCAUACAGCAAGAUCAAGGUGGACAAUCAUCUCUUCAAUAAGGAGAACCUCCCCAGCCGCUUUAAGUUUAAGGAGUACUGCCCCAUGGUGUUCCGAAACCUUCGGGAGAGGUUUGGGAUUGAUGAUCAGGAUUACCAGAAUUCAGUGACACGCAGCGCCCCUAUCAACAGUGACAGCCAGGGCCGAUGUGGCACACGUUUCCUCACUACCUAUGACCGGCGUUUUGUCAUCAAGACUGUGUCAAGUGAGGAUGUGGCUGAAAUGCACAACAUCUUAAAGAAGUACCACCAGUUCAUAGUGGAGUGUCAUGGCAACACCCUUUUGCCCCAGUUCUUGGGCAUGUAUCGCCUGACCGUGGAUGGCGUAGAAACCUACAUGGUGGUCACCAGGAACGUGUUCAGCCAUCGGCUCACUGUACACCGCAAGUAUGACCUCAAGGGUUCUACUGUUGCCAGAGAAGCGAGUGACAAGGAGAAGGCCAAGGACUUGCCAACGUUUAAAGACAAUGACUUCCUCAACGAAGGGCAGAAGCUGCAUGUGGGAGAGGAGAGUAAAAAGAAUUUCCUGGAAAAACUGAAACGGGAUGUAGAGUUUCUGGCCCAGCUAAAGAUCAUGGACUACAGCCUGCUGGUGGGCAUUCACGAUGUGGACCGGGCAGAGCAGGAGGAGAUGGAGGUGGAGGAGCGGGCAGAGGACGAGGAGUGUGAGAAUGACGGGCUGGGCGGCAACCUGCUCUGCUCCUACGGCACGCCUCCGGACAGCCCUGGCAACCUCCUCAGCUUUCCCCGGUUCUUCGGUCCUGGGGAGUUUGAUCCCUCUGUUGAUGUCUAUGCCAUGAAAAGUCAUGAAAAUGCCCCCAAGAAGGAGGUCUAUUUCAUGGCCAUCAUUGAUAUCCUUACUCCGUAUGAUGCUAAGAAGAAAGCUGCACAUGCUGCCAAAACGGUGAAACAUGGGGCAGGGGCUGAGAUCUCGACUGUGAACCCUGAGCAGUACUCUAAACGUUUCAACGAGUUCAUGUCCAACAUCCUGACGUAGUGACCUUCUACCUUCAGCCGGAGCCAGAGAGCAAGAUGUGGGGUCGGGGAUUGGAAAGGGGAAAGGGUGUAUUUGGGCUAGAUGGGAGGGGUGGGGACGGAGUUGGGGGCCGGGGAGGGCUUUAGCAGUGAGACUGCAGCCUGUGACACUGAAAGGGACUCGCUGGGGAGGAGGGGAUGUGCUGUGUGUGUACGUGUUCACAGGGUGUAGCCUCACCUCCUGUUUAUCCUUGAUUUUUUUCCCCCAUUUGACCCAGGUUAAAGGGGGGUUUCCUGUGUUACCUUGUAACCUUUUACGAUACCUUGGGGCUAGAGGUGACUGUGGGUUUAUUUGGGUUUUGUUUCUGAAAUUUCAUUGCUCCAGGUUUGUUAUUUAUAACGAUGUAUAUCAUCACCCUGUCCACCUUCCACAUCCCUGCCCUGAGUUCCCUUCAAUGAAAGAGGCACCCCAUACACCCAGCCAGAGCCCUCUCAGAGCCAGGUGCUCUGGUGCCAGAGGAGAGGAGGUCAGACGCCUCAGCCCUGCUGCAUUUGACCUUGUCUGGAUUAACUGUUUAAUAUUAUGAAGUACUGUGCACAACGUCCUUCACCUUUCCUCCUUGGAUCCCAAUGAUUCUGCCAUCUGAAUGCUGUCCUCCUGAAGGAACACUCCAGACCAACAUCAGUGAUCUUGCAUCAGAAACAAAGAUCUCAGAGGGAGAACAUUCGUCCUCAUGGGACGGUCAGGGGUCGGGGUUGCUGAUGGGCGCUCGGACAGCUGGUUCAGAGAACCCCCCAGUCAUCACUCAAGCUCGGGGCGCUCGGCCCCUGAAGAUCAGAUGUUCUCUCUCUAAAGCCUGUGUCAAGAGAAACGAGAAGGGACCCUGUGCUUAAAUGGUUCUUUCCCUCUUAAAGAGACCCCAGAGGCUGAGUAUCAAAUGACGGUUUGUGACCUCCAUCCAUUUACUUCCUUCUGACUUUCUCCCAGGUACCUACACUUGUAGGUGAGCCUUGAAUUGGGGGUAGAUCCCAGGUACCUGGGGUGCUCCUUACAGAGAUUCCUCUUCUAGCCCCAGGGUUACCAUGUAGGUAAUCGGACUCCCUGUGCCUAUGAUUUGUCACCUGGAUAUUAUGGCCAGCAGGGAAUGAUGACCCUCACCUUAGAGAGUGGCUCCCAUGCCUGAAUUUGUCACUUGAGGAUGUGAGCCAGGAAAUCCAAUUUGGAGGCUUGAUGUGGGGUUGGAGCUGUUUUUCCUUGGUGCCCUGUCUCUAGACUGAGCAGAUCUGCCACCCACAGGCUUCCUCAGGAGGGGCACCCUGCAGCUUCCUUCAGCAUCUCCACCCACCUUCUGAGCCUUGCUACCCAGGCCUCAGAAUUGAGCUGUGUGUUCUUCUGUGAUGACAUCAGUGCAAUCUGAUCUGGCUAAGAAAGAAAACGGCCCUGCGCUGGGGGAGGUACGUUCCUAUACCUUCUUACCCUCUCCCCAGGAACUGGAGAUUUGGAAUGAGAGCUGGUAAAACAUGUAGAUAACCCCACAGAUGCGAAGAAAGUUUGUGGAAGCAUCUUGAAUAUGGAUGGAUUGGUUUCUUGUGGCUCCCUCCAAACCUGACGACGCUGGGCUUCUGGAGCAGGAAUCAGCACCGUCUCUGUGCCCUAUCUGCAGCAUUUACGUCAAGAAGGAAUGGAGACAGCAUUCUUGAACUUCUCUGGGGCUGCCAGGACCCUUCUGCAAGAGGCAGACAGGGGUUAAACAACUGCCCUGGCCCCAGCAAGGGGCCAUAAGUAGUUCUGAACAGCAGCAGUAAGACCAUGAAGUGACUUGGGGAAGAAUUUGGAACCAAGUGGCUCAUGGAGGAAAACAAUUUUGACUUAGGAAGGAAUUAUAUAGGAAUAAUGUUUGGAGUUGAUUUCCCCACCUCCUAAUCAAGAAUGAAAAUUUGGAUCUGCUCCUGGUCAGGCCCAGCAACUCCAGAGCUUGGCGGGCAGCCCUCCGGCAGCUCCACAGCCUCAGGCUCCUACCGGCUUCCUGCAUUUGGUCUGAUCAUGUUGCCAUAAUGUGUAUGCACCAUGUAACACAAUCCUAUCAGUUAAAGAUGAGCUACCAGGUAUCUAACUUCUUUAACAUUGAGUUUUUGUGGAGUUCUCUUUUUCUUUUUUCUUUUUUUUGUAUAUUGUUUACAUUUUGAGAGGUAGAACCUGUUUCAAAUGCUCUUUUUGUGUUUCUGACAGUAUUGUUGAUUGGGUCUGAACAUUCGAGCUGUGGUUUGGUGGAUUUUAGAUUUUUUUAAAAGGUCAUUCUCUGUGCUAUCUUCAAAGCCUUGGGUUUUGCCCUCGAAUUCUUUUUAGCAUUCAAAUGUUUAAAAGCUAUUUAUCUUGGUUUAUACAAGUUUUCUUUCUCUCCUUUUUGUAAUGAUGAAGAUACUCUAUUUGGUGUGCAGUCUGAAUGUAGAGAAAGUGAACUGAUCCCCAAACUUCUUUUUUUCCCCCAAAUCCCAUCAUUCCCUUUCUGGGCAGUAGAAAGUAUCUAAGGGGAAGUAACUGCCCUGAAUCUAAAUCUUUGGAGCCAGGAAGGUCAACAGCCUUCCGGUAUCCCAGAAUAAUUUCGGGUCUCCUAAGGACAAAGGUAUAAUAGGACAUGGCUGAUGGGUGAAGUCUGGAGGUGGAUGAGGGCAGGAUUCCUCUCCCAUUCCCUCCAUCCACCCCCUAACCAGUCAUGGCUUCUCCCAUUCCCCCCUCUUCUGAAAGUCUACACCUAAGAAAAUAAAGGCUCCCAGGUCUCCUAGCCAAAGUGCAGGGCUCUCUGAAAACUCCACUUAGACCACUAGAUAAGGCCUCUGGCCCUUGUUCCUAUUACUGAAUCACUGAGUCUCGCCCCCCAGUGCAAGCUCCUUCCCUGCCCCCCGGGGGGGGGGGUGGCUAGGGAACAGGGCUGGGAAGCCAGCAGUUCCAGGAGCACAGGCUGAAGCCGUGUUCUCUCCCCUUACCUAGCUCAGGGGUUACCGGUCUGUGGCAGGUGCCACGAGUCGCCCCUGUGGCUGUUCUCAGUGGCGCUCCCUAAAUUCCCACCACAGGCAGCUCUUCCUCCCCUCCCUCUUCCUACUUCACUUGUUUCUCUUGCCUGUGCUUUAGGCCUCAAACAGGCCCCUGGUAGUACUCAGGGCUUGGGACUACAGACUCCUGCCCUAGUGAGCUCCUCUUCACGAUCUGCCAGGGCCUACCCUGGGGAGAUGGACCAAAGACCCAGGACUUUCCUCAGUAGCCAAUGCCUUCCCCCAAUUGUCUUUUUACCAGUUCAAGUUGGGAGAGAGAAGAAACUUCAGCACUCCCCAGCAUUUGAGCUACUCAAGUGUUAGGGGCCGAAGGGAGUGUUGAAACAAACCCUUAGAGCUCUGGCCUUAGACCCCCAAGUCUAGGACCUCACCUCUUGUAAAAAUGGGGAGAGGGGUCCACUCUGAGCACAGGAAUCAAAGGGAAAAUAAAUAACUGCCCCCAAAUUUACCAGCCAUCCGCAGGUGUCAUUGACGUGGCCCGAGCCUUCCUCUGAGAGGUGCCACGUAUGAGAGUGCCUCCAAGGGAAGAGGAGACUCAGCUCUUCCAGUGGGUUGUGCUGAGAUCCUUUGGAGGCUGGAGAAGAAUCUUCCAGAGGACCCCCUUCCCCUUGCUCAGAGCCAUUUUGUAAGGAAGUCGGAACCAACCACCUUUGAGAGGAGGCCUGAUGCUGCUCAGCUCGCCCAAGCAUCAGGUCAGAUCAUUGUAAUACAAAAAUGUGAAUUAAGUUUAGAUUCAAUUCUUGGGGGGAGCAGGAUAAACUACCACCCCACCAUAUGUGUGUGACUUCUCCAUUUCCCACUGCAGUUUCCAUUUUUUAAAUAGGAAUUUUCAACCCCCCCCCCCGUGCUUGUCUAACGUCUGCUCCGAACAAUUCGAGACCCUGUUACUGUUUUAAAAUGCAUGCGUGUUAAGAUGAAUCUCCAACCCAAGGAAAAUAAAACUUAAAAAGCUUUGUGUACACAUUGA